AAUGACCAAGUGAAAGUGAAGUGAGAUUUUAACCAAAGAUUUCCUCCUCCAAACCAAGAGUUGGGUUGAGGUGAUGUGAUCAGGAGAGGAAAGGUCGUAUACAUGCCAACCUUCUAGCGUGCUAACUUUACUUUAUCUUAAAAAAAAAAAAAAUUGCAAAAAAAAGUGCUGUAGGAUUAAAAACGACAAAUUGGAUACAGAUAGUAAAUACACAAACAUAUAGCAGCUACUAAACCAAAAUGGAUACAACUUUAAAUGCGCACAGAAUGAGGCUUUUCAUAUGCCUCCUAAUAUGCUCUGGUUUGAGUCUUGUGCAUGCUCAGGUUCUGCGAGGACAAAACAUAAAUGAUGCUAACAUGGAUUUCAAUCUUUUGGGUGCAGUUAAAGAAUUGAUCGGUGUUGACUUUGUCGAUGGUAGCGACAACUUCCCCGCCUAUGAAUUUUUCGCAACGUCUGAUAUCAAAGACUCAUAUCGCCUGCAUCUCCCCGAACGAUUGUAUGAGUUUGCAAUUACAACAAUCUUUCGUCCAGUAACACGUAAUGGUGGAUAUUUAUUCAGCAUUGUAAAUCCUGAAGAAACAAUUGUCCAAUUGGGUAUUCAUUUGAGUCCAGCAACAACUGGCAAAUGGAACAUAACACUGCUCUAUACCAAUUCGGAUAGUACAUGGGCCAGCAAAAAGUUGGCCACAUUCGAAAUACCAUAUUCGAAUACAUGGCAGACUGUGGCUUUUAAAAUACUCUCGGACCAGGUUACCUUCUAUCACAACUGCAUUGAGACGCAAUCGGUGAUGGUUAAACGAGAACCCAUUGAAUUGAUAUUUGAUUCGGCUUCGACCCUUUAUAUUGGGCAAGCUGGUCCCUUGUUGAAGGGCCAUUUUGAGUUCAUUUUACAAAGUUUAAAUAUUUACGGAAAUCCUGAAGUUAUUCCAUUGAUGUGCAAUACAACAUUAUUGAUAAAGCGUCCAGAAGAUUCCAUCGAGGCCAGUGGUGGAGAGGAUAUUAUAUCCUCAACGGAUGAAAUAAUAUCGCUUGAAGAUGACGACAAAGAGUUUGUUGGCGAUGAUGGAGAUUUUUUAAUGGCGACAGAAUUCGAUGGUAGUGGAUUACCGCCACCACUUAUACCUCCGGCUCCUGCUUUCCGCGGACCAAAGGGUGAAAAGGGUGAACGUGGCAUCAAAGGACCACCAGGUGAUAGCAUACGUGGUCCACCUGGACCACCAGGUCCACCUGGUCCAAAAGGUGAUGCUGGCCCCUACGCACCCUAUGUGGAUUUUCCAACGUCAACGGAUGGUAUAUUCAACGGAAAGUGUACAUGCAAUGCGUCUGAUAUCCUAGAAGCACUAAAAGAUAGCGAAACUCUACGCGAAUCAAUACGAGGACCUCCCGGUUUACCGGGUAAAGAAGGAAAGACAGGUGCUCCUGGGCUCACGGGUGCUACUGGUGUACCAGGUGAACGCGGUGCCCCCGGUCCGAAGGGCGACCGCGGCGAUAGGGGCGAUCCUGGUGCUCGUGGUCCCGAGGGUCUUCAGGGCAUGAAGGGUGAGCCCGGUCUGGAUGGGAUGCCUGGCGUCGCAGGUCCUCCUGGUCCAGCUGGGCCACCCGGUCUUCCGGACAAUUACGAUGAAUCACUGAUGGUAAAUUCUAUGCCUGGACUGAGGACGAGUACACCGGGCCCAAAGGGUGAUGCUGGCGAAAAAGGUGACAUCGGACGGCAGGGCGAACGAGGGCAGCCAGGAUCAAAAGGGGAGCGUGGUAGUCCAGGAACAUCCGGCAUAAAAGGUGACAGGGGUCAUCCGGGGCCACACGGACCAGCUGGAAUAAAAGGUGAACCAGGGCAACCUGGUUUGCCAGGACUUUCCGGUCCACCAGGUGCCACUGGACUGAAAGGAGAUAGAGGAAUGCCGGGUGAUGUUGGACCUAUGGGUCCAUCAGGCCCGCCAGGCACUGUUAUCUACACAGACACUCAGAUGAAUAUGACACAAUGUACCUGUCCGGCAGGACCUCCGGGAUCGAUGGGACCGAGAGGUGUGUCGGGAUCACAGGGUGCGACGGGAGAACCGGGACCGGCUGGACCGGCCGGUCUCACAGGUCUCCCUGGUAUCAAAGGCGAAAAAGGUGAGCGGGGUCUGAAGGGAAGUGCUGGGACUAAGGGUGAUCGGGGACCGGAAGGACCUCCCGGACAGGCUUUCUUUGGAGGUGAAGGAAUGAUGUUGAAUGGAACGAAAGGCGAGAAGGGUGAAAAAGGCAUGCGUGGUAGACAUGGGAAACAGGGACCUAGUGGUCCAAUCGGGCCACCGGGUGUACCUGGCCUUCCUGGAGAAAUGGGACAUCCUGGACGCACUGGUAUCAAAGGUGAAUUUGGUCCAAAAGGACAAAAAGGUGAAUCUGGCGGCAAAGAAGGGAUGAAGGGAGAUAAGGGUGACCGAGGAGCUGAUGGAAGAUCAGGAUCACCAGGUCCGCCAGGAUUGCCAUCGGCAACACCGCCAAUUCCAGGACCACCAGGCCCACCCGGCCCGCCUGGACCACCUGGAAUGCCUGGUAUUUCGAUAGUUGGGCCAAAAGGUGAUCCAGGUAUGGAGUAUCGAAGCUUUGGACGCGUAGAUGGACGAUCACCAUUAGAUGAGAUCAAAGCAAUUCGAGAACUACAAAACCUAAAGGAAUAUCCUGAAAGUACUUCCGGACCAUCAUCAUCAGGAAGACAAGAUGAACUGCCCUCAUCAGCGUCAUCAACAUCAUCGAAUAUGAGAUUUGUGCCAGGUGCUUUAACAUUCGCUAACAUUGAAGAAAUGACCAAGAAAUCAGCAAUGAGUCCUGCCGGAACGAUAGCCUAUAUCACAGAGGAAGAAGCGCUCCUAGUGCGGGUCAACAAAGGAUGGCAGUAUAUUGCGCUGGGAAGUUUACUGCCAAUUGCUGUACCAGCACCACCAACAACAUUAUCGCCGCCAGCUAGGCCGGAUUUGCAAUCAUCAAAUCUAUUAAAUAAUUUACCACAACCACUGGAAAGUGGUCCACAUUUCACAAUAUCACCGGAAUAUGAAACGUGGUAUCCCCGAAUGCUUCGUAUCGCAGCACUAAAUGAGCCACAUUCUGGCAACAUCGAAGGCAUACAUCGUGCCGAUUUCCAGUGUCAUCGACAAGCGAGAAAAGCUGGCCUUGUCGAAGAGGCAUUUAGAGCUUUCCUCUCAGCGAGAACACAACAUAUUCAUUCAAUCGUACGAGAGAGUGACCGCAAUCUGCCGGUUGUGAAUACACGAGGAGAUGUCCUCUUUAGUUCCUGGAAUAGCAUAUUCAACGGACAGGGUGGAUUCUUUUCGCAAGCUCCACGAAUUUACAGUUUCAGUGGGAAGGAUGUACUAACUCAUCCGCAGUGGUCACAAAAAGUCGUUUGGCAUGGAUCGCAUCGAAAUGGCGAACUGGCUCAGGAAAUGUAUUGUGAUGCAUGGAUGUCAUCAUCCAUGGACAAGGUUGGUUUGGCCAGCAGUCUGCUGGGGAAUAAAUUAAUGGACGAGGAACGUUAUUCCUGCGAUAAUCAAUUUAUUAUCCUAUGCAUUGAAGUUGUGCCGAAGAACCAACGACGAAAACGAGAUCUCGACACUGAAAGAAGAGGACGAGACUUUGAGACAGCAGAAGAAUAUGCUGAAUAUCUAAAAUAUAUCACUUGAGAUGAAUUUAAUUUAUAUAAUUAAAACCAACAUACCAAAUAAAAUAGAAAAAAAACUAAAUAAAAAAAAAAAAUAUAAAAAAA